AUUGGUUACUCGAGGUCAUGUUUUCAUUAAGAAAAUAGUCGUGGGACUUGUUUGAUUUUAUGGCAGUUUACGAACACGAACACUUACUAUUUUAAACGUUUUGUUCCCAUGGUGAUCGGCGAUCCCAAACUUUGACUUUGAAUGGUAACAACUUAACGAGGAAUGCAGGAUGUCAGAACCAAGGAGAAAGAGACAGAGGACCACGGAAGAUAACACCUCUUUAUACGAAAAUUGUGACAUAGCCAAUGAGGUAGGCUGUGGUGUAAUACAGAAUAUCACAGUAAAAAAUUUUAUGUGCCAUGAACAUUUGGCCUUAAAUUUUAACGACAAGAUAAACUUAGUGCAAGGAAGAAAUGGGAGUGGAAAGAGUGCUAUUCUUAGUGCAGUAGUCAUUGCACUAGGAGGAAGCACCAGAAUUACAAGUCGAGGAAGUAACAUUAAGGACCUGAUCAAGUAUGAUAAGCAAACAGCAAGUGUCCAGUUAACCUUGAAGAACAAUGGGAAGGAUGCAUUUAAGCCUGAUGUAUAUGGGACAAGUAUCAUCAUAGAAAGGAAAUUAAACCAAUCUGGGGCCACCUCCUAUAGCCUCAAAAGUGAAAGUGGAAAAGUUGUCUCCAUGAAGAAAGAAGAGCUAAGAAGACUUUGUGAUCAUUUUAACCUGAUGGUAGAAAAUCCUCUGAUGGUCCUUAAUCAGGAUAUGUCCAGAUCAUUCCUAAGUUCUCUGGAUCCCCAUAAUUUGUACAAAUUUUUUUACCAAGCAACACAACUGCAGCAGUUAACAGAUUGUUACAAUCAGUUGAAUGAAUAUUUGGAGUCAUCAGCAGCAUUGAUAAAGGAUCAGGAAGCAUGUUUUCAAGUAAUAGAGAGAGACAUGCAAGAGGUAAAAAGUCAACACCAGUUAUGCCUCAGACAAGAAAAUAAAAGAAUGAAGUUGAAAGAUUUGAGGAAAGAGCUAGUAUGGGCAAGGAUUUCAGAAAUUGAGAAAGAAAGUGAGCUCUGUCAAAAGGAAGUUAAUGAGGUAACAUCUUUAGUGAGCAAACUGAAAGAAAAGCAACGUACACUGGAGGAACAAGUACAAGAUUCUACCAAUAAACACAAAGAGUUGGUGCAGAAGUUUGAAGAUUUAACUAACAAAAUUACAGUAGAAAGGGCUUCAUACAAGGGAAAAAGUGCUGCACAGUCCACGGCUAAAGCAAAAUUUAAAGCAGUCCAGAGGGAGAUAGACAAGCAUGUACGUCGCAUUCAGGUUAUUAACGGUGAAAUUGAAGCCCUCAAAUUGACUAUUGAGAGAGAUUUUACUGAAGUUCAGCGUGUUUGGGAAGAACACAACAAACAGCAUCAAGAGGAGAUAGAAAAGGUACAGACAGAAGUAAGCAACAUAGAAAGCAUUAAGAAGACUGCAGAGACCCAUCAUUCAAAUAUCGAGCAUACUAUAAAAGUGAAAUUGGAUAAUUUUCAACAGCUACAGUUUGAAGAAAACAUGACAAAUCGGAAAAUAAAGGGUCUGGAACAAGAAUUGAAAAAUCUUCAGAGCCAGCAUACAAAUUCUUUUACAGUUUUUGGAACUUGGGUACAACCAUUGCUUGAAAAAAUUGAUAUAACUUUUAGACAAAGGAGGUUUUCUACCAAACCUGUGGGCCCAUUGGGUGCUUACAUUGAGAUGCGGGACAAUAGAUGGACUCACAUUGCAGAAAUGGUUAUAGGGUCAAGGAUGUCAGCCUUUUGUGUAAAUUCUCAUAAUGAUGAGAAAGUCCUUCGAAGCCUCUUUCAGGGAAUAAAUUUUGGAGGUCUCACGCCUACAAUUAUUUGUUGCAAAUUUAGACCUAGACAUAGUCUUGAUGUAAUAUCCAGAUAUGAAGUCCGUUCUGAAGCAUAUCCUUCACUUUGGUCUGUUGUGAAUAUAAAAAAUGAUGUCGUCGCUAAUUUAAUCCUUGAUCGUAACCAAAUAGAAACAGUUUUAUUAAUCCCAACUGCUGAAGAGGCUGGUGAGAUACUGAAAAAUGUUGAUACGGUUCCACCAAACUGUAAAAUUGCUUACACAUUGAAUGGUGACAGGUAUUUCCCAGAUCCAAAUUACAGAGUGUACUCUGGUCCUGGCAAGAGGCCUGCCAGAUUCCUGCAGGUAUCUGUAGGAGAAAGAGCCCAGGAAGUUGCCAGAGAUAUUGGAAGAUAUAAAGAAGAGAUAGUUGGAAUAAAGCAGUCUUGUGCAAACCUAGAAUCAGAGUUAUUUGAUCUUAAAGACCAAGAGAGAAAAUCAAAUGACAAAAUGAGAACCCAGAGGGUGUCAAUUCAAAAGCUACGUGCCAGAUUGACACAACUUACAAAUCAGGUAGGGCCACCUCCACCACCAAAUGUAACCCAAAUUGAGGAAGAUAAACGAGAACAAGAAGCUAGAAAAGCUGAAGUUGAAGAGAGAUUAUCUGAAUUGAAAGAGAGCCUAAUAACAGCAGAACAAGAGUACAAGGAAGCAGAUGAUAUUUUUUCAAAGUCCAACAGCCAAAUAUCAGAGCUCUCUGAGACUGCUCACAACUUAGAGAAAGUGAUGACAAAAACAGAGGAAUCAUAUCUGUCAAGUACGGAACAGCUGAAAGCUAUAAAGAAAAAAUGUAAGUUGCAUAACAACAAGAAAGAAGAAUUGGAUAAGAAAAUUUGUGAAGUAGCUGAGAGACUAAGAAAAGAAGUAAUGAUGGCGGAAAAGUUUUUACCACGAAAGAACACCACAAGGUCCCCAAUAGAUAUAGAUAGAGAAUACAAAACCUUAGAAGAAAAACUAAAUAGAGAGCAAACAAGUCUUGGAGAUCCAGUCAAAAUAGCUGAGAAGUUAAAGGAAAUGACAGAGAAAUAUGCAAGACUAAAGGCAGAACAUCAAGAAAGCAAAAACUUAAUGCAGAAACUCAAAAAGAGUCUAAGGGAACGAUGUCAAAUGGGAAAGAGUGUUCGCAAAGUGGUUUCCAUUAUUGUGAAGACACGUUUCAAAGAAAUCUUGAGCAAUCGCAAUCUUAAGGGAAGAUUGGUGUUCAACUUUGAAAAUGAAACUCUUGCAGUUCAACUGUCAAAGAUUGAGGGCAAUUUGGUUGAACUUGACAGUACUACAAAAAAUAAACAAGCACAAAAGAAGAGUCAACAAGAGAACCUGUCUAUGAUGUCUGGAGGGGAACGAUCUUUUUCAACUGUAGCACUGAUUCUAGCCCUUUGGGAAGUAAUGGAUUCUCCUGUCAGAAUGCUUGAUGAGUUUGAUGUCUUCAUGGAUAUUGUGGCCAGGAGACAAAGCUUGGAUAUGAUGAUAACAAAUGCAGAGCCCAAGACUCAGUACAUAUACCUCACACCUUUGGAAGUAAACCAGAGUCACAUUACAGGAGGAGUUAAUGUAUUCAGAAUGCCAGAUCCAGAAAGAACAGCUACAGCAUAAACCAUCAAGGAAUUUUUAGAAUUAAAACGGAUUGUAAAUGUUUUAAAAGGUGCCUCAGACAAUAUAUUUUCUUUAUUUAAAAAGAACAUUGCUUUUUGAUAACUGAAAGGACAUAUUUUUUAAUAAAUUGUACAAAAACCCUUACGGUUAUGCCAUUGCUUAGGCUAAAAUCAAUUUAGACUGUAUUUGUAACAAUUUUUAUUUAGAAAAGUAAGGAUGUACAGAUUUUGUUUUCUUAAUAAAAUAUAUAAAGUUA